AUGCCAUGGCUUCGAGUUGCGGACAAGUCAGAGGAGCGGCCGAAGUCGAUGACCAGGAGUUUGCGAUCGCGCAGGCCGGCUAAAGUCGCAUGCAAGGAGAGUUCCCAGUCCCUGCUCAAACGAGGUCAGCAUGUCGCAGACGAGCGCACUUCCACUCCGCACGGGACGGUACCACGUGCCAAAGAAGGCAAAAAUCAGGUGCGAGGCAAAGAAUGUGAGACUCACCACGAUCAACCGAGCUUCCCACGACAGAACAAAAGAAUCCAAACCUUCAACUCUGCGAUUGCAGGGCGCGCGGGGAAGGAGGAGAUUUGA